GUAUGGGUCGAAGUCUUCGACUUCGAAGCCUGUGGAACUGCACGCACCCCCCCCCUUCGUUGCAUCAAGGACCAGGACGAGGAGGUCGAGGAGGUUGCUCCCCUCAUGGAGGCAGGUGAUGAGGACCUAGAUGCCCUGGACGCAGAGGACGCCCUGGCACUGGAGGAUACACAGCCAGUUAUGGAGCCUACUCUUGAGGACACACAGCCUGCGCUGGAGACUGCUGAGCCGGUUGUUGAGGUAGAGCUUGGCAGGAAAGCGGACAUGGUGAUCAAUCUUGAUGAUGAUGAGAUUCCAACAACCCAGCGUGAUGAAGCUGAGGUGGAGACGAGUCCGCCUGUAGAUGAUUCCCAGCCAAGGGAUGUCUUUUGCUUCACCCACCAUGAUGUGAACAUGCCAGAUUCGCAGCCCAUCAGCAGCUGUGGCGGUGUCUAUCCUUCAUGCCAAACAGUGGAUGUGAAUGAGAUGUUGACAAUACCCUUUGAUGUGAUGGGGGGCUGA